AUGGUAUCGAUCCAGGAGCAGUCCUCCAUCGAGUCUCGUAGAUCCCCGCUUCUCGACAGGUGGGUCUCGGUGUUCGUGGAUGGGGGAUCACGAGAGGGUCAAAGAGAUGAAUUAAAAAGUAAAGGAGAAGUGGCGAACCGAAAAAUGCAUGAGCCGAGUGGCCCACUCUACAAUUCCAGGUCCCAGAAGGCGAGGUACGGCUUCGGAACGGGAUCGGGUUCGAUGGGACUGGGAAUGAGAAAAGUGAGAAAUGCUGCCAUAUACCGGAGAAAUGAAAUAACGGAGAUGCGUCGAGUAGGUCGGAGAGAGGGAGAGGCACUGAGGGGAAUGGAGAGAGAGAAACGGGUGAGGGGAGUGGAAAGAGGAGGAGGAAAGCGAAAUAUAAUGUCGGAUCUUUGCCCCCGUGGGACGUUGUAUUUCAGUAAUGCCACCUUGCUGGAGCUCCUGGCCGAGGCUGCCAACGAUACCUCCUUCCAGGAUGAGGGAAGUUUUCACGGUGGUGGUAGGGGUAGAAGCGAAUCGGUGAAGGUGUGGCAUCGACUGGAUAACGGAUCCACGAUAUUCUGCGCCCCUUUAUCGGAGAUAAGGGGUCUCCCCAAAGAACCUUUCUCUUUACCUCUAUAUCAACAAGUUCUGUGGAGUUCUCUCUUCGGAGCCAUGUUGACCGUCGCCAUCGCCGGGAACGCUCUCGUCAUGUGGACCGUCCUCGCUCAUCCUCGAAUGAAGACAGUGACGAAUUAUUUCAUCGUGAAUCUCAGCGUCGCCGACAUGAUGCUCUCGGUCCUCAACUGCGCCUUCAACUUCUCCUUCAUGAUGCAUCGGAAACGACUAGUUUCUUUGCGACAAGUAACGCGACCACAAAGACGAGACGAAGCAAUCCAAGAAGAUAGCUUCCUGUUGACGAGGAUCUUCUCUCUUCGGGAUGGUGCAGAUGAUGAUGAUGAAGUGUAG